GCUUCCACAAUCAAAACAAUCUUAGACUGUCUUGUUUCUCGGUCUUCUAAAAAGCAUUAAGAUUAUCUAGGUACGAGGUAUUUAAGUAUAAACACGUAAUAUUAUUCUAUUCUCAUUUGUCUUGUAUUGUCUGAGGCGAGAGGGCGUGUAAAAUGUUUGUUAAAACUAUUUUUCUUUAUUUUGUUUUGUGUAUCGUAUUAGUGGCCAGUCUCGAGAAUGGUGACUUUGAGGAGUUUUAUAUGAACUGAAACGCGCCAUUUUUCGAGCUCCCAUGCAUGGUGAUUGGAGGCACGUGCGCAAAGGCCCUCGCUUGCCCGAAAGGCACAAAACUAGGGGCCAAGGGCUUGUGCCCUGCACAGCAGACGCAGGGCAUAGAGUGCUGCAGUCCUAGGAGUUUAGAAUUGAAAUGUAAAUCGAGAGGUGGAGCCUGCGUGUCGACCAAAAAUAAAUGUCCGAAGACGAUGGUAAUCAAAGAAGCAACGGAUUGUACAAAGAACCAGGUGUGCUGUGCGUAUGUGGCACAAAUGUGCAGGUUCGAUCCUACGCAGGCAUAGUACCAGUGAAACUUCUUCAAAAUGAUAUGUACUUUUUUAAUUAUUCUAAGACACCAAUGACUAACGGUACUAACGUGAGCUAGCGUGGUUAUCAAUACUCAUGCGAGAAGAGGAAUGUGCCCAACAAGCAAAUAGGUUGGUAUAAUAUAUUUUUAGAUAACUUCAUUGUAAACUGAGUUUAAGUGAAACUUUAGAUCUGGAUUUGGUCCUUCAUAGUCACUUUAGAAGUUAACUUUAAGAUAAUAUAGAUUAAUUCUUGUGCAAACGACGACACUAAUUAUACUAAAACUCAGUGUAAAUGAAUAACUAAAUUUCCGAUAAUAAAAAAAGUAUCGAUAAAUUGUUAUCGACCUGCCACCUCACUAGAGCAACUAUGGACGAUUUUUUAUAUUUUACGUUAGCUUUCUGUAAACGUGUACAUCUAUCGCCAUAUUAGUGUUGAGCCCCUAACUGUUGGAACGAUGAGCAAUGUUACAACACUAAUGAGUCUUUUCGUCUUAAUUAGUGAACAUGGUGCGUUUAAUUAUUUUAUAAAUGUUCUUCUUAAAAUUAAAUUUAUCAUAAUGUUUGAGUCACUGUGUUUUAAAUCUUCAUUUAAGAAGA